UUCUUUUCUUUUUCAUCAUUGCCAUUGCCAUUGCGACGAGAAAAAAAAAAUAACACUUUUUAUUUUUGUUAUGAUUCUCUCUUUUCUUUCUGUUUGUAUUGUGUGUAAUCCAGAUCUAGCUUUUGCAGAAUGCAAGUUCUGUAGGAUUGUUUCGUUUAUCGAUUAGUGCAACUAACAUAACGCGUUUGUGCUGUAAGAAGAUUCGAGAAUUGAAAAGUUAUGUCGAGGAGACCGGGAAAUCCUUCUAGAAGGUUCGGUGACAAUGGCGGUGGAUUGUUCUCUUCGAAAUCUAGGUCGCCGCCGGUUUUAUCGAUUGCACUCGUAGUUAUGGGAGGUUUGUUUGUCAUUGGUUAUUUUUACCGGGGCUCAGGUGGAUUAGGCAGCCGUUUAGAUUCUGUUAGCAGGCUUGAAGGUGAUUAUUUGUGCAGUGGAGAGGUCCAACAAGCGAUUCCCAUUUUACAGAAAGCAUAUGGAGAUAGCAUGCAUAAAGUUUUACAUGUGGGUCCUGAUAGUUGCUAUGUGGUCUCGAAAUUGCUGAAGGAGGAGGAAACUGAAGCCUGGGGAAUAGAACCAUAUGAUAUAGAGGAAGCUGAUAGUAGUUGCAAAGCACUUAUCCAUAGAGGCAGUGUGCGUGUGGCUGAUAUCAAGUUUCCUCUUCCUUACAGGCCGAAAUCUUUCUCUCUUGUAAUUGUUUCAGAUGCUCUGGAUUACCUAUCUCCAAGAUACCUCAAUAAAACUCUACCGGAUUUGGUGAGGGUAGCAUCUGAUGGUGUUGUAAUAUUUACUGGUUUUCCUACCACUCAAAAAGCGAAGGUAGCGGAUGUUUCUAAAUUUGGAAGAGCGGCCAAGAUGAGAAGUUCAUCCUGGUGGGUCAAGUUUUUCCUCCAGAUUAACUUAGAGGAGAACGAAGCUGCUUCUAAGAAGUUUGAACAGGCUUCCACCAAGAGUUCGUAUAUUCCAAAAUGCCAAAUAUUCCACUUGAAUUCACUUCAUUGAUGAAUGGGAUGGUACAGCAUUGGAGAUCUCUUAAUGUUGCUUCUCUGUUUUCAUUUGAAACAAUUCCUUCUAUAAAAGUAAUUUAAUUCUUUAAAAUAUACUCGCCUUAGACGGAGUGCAUCAAUUCCAUUGAUAGAUUUUUAUUCUUUGAAUUCCAGCCCCUGGCUGCAAAAGACAAUCAAGUUAGUAUUUAACUAAAUUAUUAGUUGAGUUAGGCUAUCUAUAA